ACAUGUUUUUUUUCGCGCGAUUGCGGUAACCGACCGCGGUGUCGGCGCCACGACCCACCAUCCAUUCGCUCCUCCGCCGCCAGACCGGCACGCACGCCGCCGCUCGCCCGUACCAAACGUGGUCGCGCGCUAAAAUCCCUAACAUCAAUGGUGCUUGUGAACUUUACAGAAUUUCGGAAACAGGAACAAAACAACACCACGCACCCUCACAAUCAUGGACAAGGACAGAGCAUUAGAGGAUAUGAUGGGGAAACUCGGGGACUUCGGGCGGUACCAAUGUUUCCAGUUCCUCCUUCACAUCCUAGCAGCCAUGACAGCUGGGAUGCACAUGCUCUCACUGGUCACUGUCGCCGCGGUACCUGAACAUAGAUGUGCCCUGUAUGAAGAUGCAAACUAUACCGAGUCCUGGAACUCUUCUAUAGUCCUGGAUUCAAUUCCCUUGAAUGAGCACGGAAAGCUGGAUUCAUGCAACAUUUACGGACCAAAUAAUACAUUGGAAGAGUGCGAGGAAUGGGUGUACAAUACUCAGUACUUUACCUCAUCCCGAGGGAUCGAAUGGGACUUUGUAUGCAGUCGAAGGUGGAUGGGAGCGACUGCGCAGACCGCUUACAUGUUUGGCGUUGUCGUCGGUUCCCUGGUCCUAGGCCGCGCGUGCGACAAGUUUGGAAGAAAAACCGUUUUCGUCUGGUCUGGGCUACUCCAAUUAAUAUUUGGAGCAUCUGUAGCAUUCGCCAACGAAUACUACACGUUUAUCGCGAUUCGGUUCUUAUACGGAAUAUUCGGCUCCGGCCCAUACAUCGCUGGGUUCGUACUAACAAUGGAAUUGGUCGGGCCGAGCAAACGCACAGUCUGCGGUGUAGUAUUUCAAAUAAUGUUCGCACUGGGAAUCAUGCUGUUGGCCGCAUGGGGAUAUCUUAUAGAUAACCGAUUCUAUCUGCAAAUACUUUAUGCUUUACACGCAACAAUACUGCUUCCUCAUUGGUUUGCGAUGGACGAAUCCCCCAGAUGGCUAUGGGCCCAGGGUCGCGCUCGCGAAUCUGUGGCUAUUAUCGAGAAGGCGUUGAUAAUGAACAGGUCAAAUGAGAGUGUGGAUACUCCACUGUUGGUAUCCCACUGUAAAGCCACGUGUGCUAAAUACACUGACGAACAUUCAGCCGGUACCACGGACCUAUUUAAAACACCAAAUAUGCUCAAAAAAACUUUGAUCAUUUGCGGCUGCUGGUUUGCCAAUUCUGUCGUCUAUUACGGUCUGUCUCUUAAUACAGGGAAACUCAAUGGCAAUCCUUACUUUAUAAUGUUUUUAAUGGGUGUUGUAGAGUUGCCAAGCUACGUUAUAAUCAUGUACUUCUUAGAUAGAGUCGGUCAUAGAGCUCUUAUCAGCACAAUGAUGUUGUUAGGUGGAAUAUCCUGUUUGGUGGUGGUGGCUCUGCCUCAUGGUUCGUCAACUGUGACUGGAGUGGUCAUGGUCGGUAAAAUGUUUAUUUCUGGCUCAUAUUCAAUUAUCUAUAAGUAUUCCGCUGAACUUUUCCCAACUGUAGUGCGCAGUUCUGGCGUGGGUCUCGGCAGUAUGUGCGCUAGUAUUUCUGGAGCUUUGACUCCAUUGAUCAGUUUACUUGAUACACUGAAUCCUAAAAUACCAACGAUAAUUUUCGGAUUUCUAGCUCUCUUAUCAGGAUUUUCUACAUUCCUUUUGCCAGAAACAAUCGGUCGCGAUUUACCGCAAUCAAUUGAAGAUGGCGAAAAGUUCGGUGUUGGAGAUACGUGCUUUACUAAUUGCAGCGGCCGAAGAAUGAGCGACGAUUCCGUGGAUAUUCCUGAAACUAUGGUACCACUUGAACCGAUCGAAAAAAAAGGAUAAUGACGUGAUCAUGACAUAAAAUGCAUUUAAUAGUAAAAUCUUAAAAGAGUCUAACUAUGUAAAGUUAAUGUCGAAGGCUGGUUGAAAUUAAAGGGAGCAAACAAUAAUUUUAUUGUAUGACAAAAUUAAAUGGCUUGAUGACAUGAUAGUAGAUUUAAGUUUAGGUAAUAGGUAACUUAUCAAUUGAGUAAUUCUUGUCGUUGUAAUGGGUCGUAAUAAUAUUUUCGUGGCUAUUACUCUAGUCAGCUGUUAUGAUGGAAUAACCUGUGGAUUACGUGCACCUAUGUGUACCUAGGUGUCCCCUAUAUUUAAGAAAUGAUUCUUAAAGAUCGCAUUAAAAUAUUUUCAGAUAGGUAAAUACAAUCAUGUUAUACCUUACAAAACCAUUUCACAAGCUGUACUG